AUGCACCGACUUUGCUCUUGCCUGCGCCGCGCAUAUAUCGUGCCUGAACCCGAUGAUGCGCAUUGGGCUCUCGAGAACGUGCCGGCUGUGUGCCGUCGACGGGUUGCCUUUCCACGACACGUCUUUACUGGCUCCUGCACGUCCUCCACACCAAUUCCCCUUCUAUUCCGACCCCGGGUAUCCUGUCCUACCUCACUCGAAGCCCCAGCUCAUCGCGCAGGAUAUUCCCCCGACACCGAGGACCUUUCGCCCAUUUAUCUCCGCGUCAUUCACUACUCCUCUUCCCCGUCGUCCAUCCAGUCAACGUCAACACACGAAGUCGAGUUACGCAAUUUGGAUCGAGGAGAGGGCAAGGCAUGCGUCGAUGAGGAGGAAGAAGACGUCUGGCCCAUCCUAGGUCUGAAUCGACACUGGGCAUGGCAGGCAAAGCGUUGGCCGGGAGAGGUCGGCUCCGCUGGACGGUAUUGGGGCUGUGAAGAACAGAGGGGCUCAACACGUUGGCAAGUCGCGAUUCCAAAGGCUUUGUAUCUCGACACUCGAGCCGACGUUGGCGUUCGAGCAACAGUGCCAGUGAUCUCAUGGAUUGAAGACCUCGGCGAUUGUGUUGGCUUCGACCUCGGCGUCUCUACAUCCGCCCUCGCCGUUUCUGGAGGAAACAACAUCGCAUCCUCUGCAACGGCACUUGCUGGACGACAGCGACGGGUGCUUAGAGGGCGGCGGUGCGAAGUUCGAGAACAUUCAGACACAUCGCGUGGUCAACAUUCGGCUCUGGCGUGCAGCUGGACUUCGGUUGAUGAUUAA